AUGAUGAAGAGGCUACACUACUUCUCUUCCUUCUGCAAAACCGUGUAUUUCACUCGUUCUCCUCACCCCCACUAUGCUUCCCUCCUCUUUGCCGUCUUACCUUACUCGGACUCCGCCACCGCCGCCGGCGCCGCAUCCGCCACUGGGAAGCACAUGUUCAUGGUCCAAUACCUCGUCGACUCAUGUGGCUUCGACCAGGAGAAGGCCACCGAGGCCUCGAAGCUUCUCAAGGGCAUCCAAUCCCGGCAGCAGCCCGACUCCGUCCUUGCUUUCCUCAAAAGUUACGGCUUCGAUGACGCAUCAGUGAAAAAGCUCCUACUUUAUUCACCCAAAUGUCUUCUUUUGGACGUAGAGAAGACACUUGCGCCAAAGUUCCGAGCUUUCGAAGAUCUGGGUCUCUCCCCAUCCGACAUCGUCCAGCUCGUCUGGUCGAAUCCCUCCGCCAUCAGAAUCAAACACGAACGUACUGUACCUAAGAUCGAAUUUUGGCAAGGCCUUCUCGGGUCCAAGGAUGCGCUGGUGAAGUUGUUCAAGAGAAACCGAACGAUUCUUUCGUACAGCAUCGAGAAGAAGAUCCAGCCCAACCUUGAGUUGCUCCGGGAAUGCGGCUUGGACGGCCCAAAGCUUACCUCUGUGUUGCGGUACUGCCCACAGAUCGCGGCACAGAAUGCUGAUUUCUUGAAGACCUUGAUUGUUAGGACCAAAAGUAGCUAG